CAUGCAAUGCGUUAUUGCCAUCCAUGCCAAUGCCAUCCUCCUCGGCAGCCCUGGCACAAAGGCUCAAGGCCUCUGUGGACGGCGCAAAGAGAGGCAUUGUCGGGCUGGAGGCCUUCGAUCUGCCCGGGCCCGGGCCGCCUGGGCCGCCUGGGCCGCCUGGGCCGUGGCCGGCCGUGAAAGGCCGCCAUUUGCGGCUCAGCAAGCCGCUAGGAGGUUCGGAGGGCCGAUCCGACUUUUUCGCGGAGCUGGCCCAGAACGUGGGCUACGAGGUGCAGCGGCUCCUGCGUUUUACGCUCUUGGGCUACACCAACCCCUUGAAUGCUGAGAUCGAGAAGAAGGCAGAGCAGCAGAUCAACGAGGGUUUGCGCACCGUCCUUGAGCAUUUGGCUGGCUAUGUGGACAAGGUCUUCGUAUCCUCAAGCGGGGAGGCAGAUUCUGAGGUGGAGACGUUGAGGGCCCAGCUGGACGCCGUGGUCUUCGAGAGCCAGCGCCUCCACACGCAGAUAUCUCAAGGUGAUGAGCAGGUGCUUCGGAACAAGAACAUGACCAACCAGCUGCGCUCCAUGUACCAUCAGGAUCUGGAAGCACAACGCAGUCGCUUUAGGUCUUUGCUGGCACGAUAUCUUCCAAAUCUGGAGGAAGAUGCGUUUUAUGACUUGAUGAAUGUGCGGCUUUUCAAUCCGGACGCUUGCCUCGACGAGGACACCCAAGCGGCGGUCAAGCGCAAGGCCGAAGCCCUUCAGGCGGACUUCGCUCUGCAGAAGGAGGGCCUCAUGGACCAGAUCAAGGCUCGAGAACGCGAGAUGCGGGCAUUGCAGAAGAAGGUGAAUCUGCUCAGCCAGAGCACCGCGGAGACGGAGGAGACGGAGGAGACGGAGGAGACGGAGACGGAUCACACGGAUCUCACGGAUCACACCGCAGAGGCAGAGGGCAGGAGAGAGGCUCUGAAUGAGCUUGUCACAUUGGAGGAUGCUCUGCAGAAGCAGGCUGCUUGGGUGGGCAACAUGGGCCGAGGGACGGAGAAGCGGGAGCUCGAGGUGCUGAUGCGAGCGUCGCUGGCAAAGCUUGGGGCUGUCAAGUCUUGGCUGGCUCCGAGUGCUCCGGGUGCUCCGGGUGCUCCGGUGGCUGACUCGGAGUGGCGGCGCCGGGCGGCCGCGGCGGAGAACUCGGCGGCGUUGGAGGCGGCGAAGCGCGCGGUGGCCGUGGCGGAGCAGCAGCGCCUGGCCCAGGAGCGCGAAGCAAGCGCGAAGCGAGAAUGA